AGCCUGUUUCUUGCCAGUUCGUCCGACAUAACUCCGUCGAACGCACCGUUUGCCGCGCAUUUUCCGCACAGAUAAUAAAUUUUAAUCACUCCUGAUUUCCCGCGCUUAUGAAAGUUCUUAGUGCAGUGUAAUUUUGUGUGAAUUUAUAAGUGUUCCACAUAUUAAAGCAAAAUGUGGUGGUCUCUAAUCAGUGCACUUGCAUUGAUUAGUGUCGUGCGAUGCCAAGGCGUUCGAGAAACCUGCCUCUCUGGUGAUGAGGAACCCUACUUAUUGUUUGGGACCAAGACUGCGUACACCUUCUCCCACAAGGGCAUACCGGUGAUGAGAUCGCAUGAGGUACCAGGGUGCCAGCCGAUAGCAAUUUGGCUGCUCAACCGCCACGGCUCUCACAACCCUGAAGCUGAUGAAAUUUCCGAAAUGCAAAGACUAAGUGACUUCAAGGCGAAUAUCCUCGCCAAUUAUAGGAACGGAAACUUUAGGAAUUCUAACCAACGCAUGUGCCCAUCGGAUGUGAAUCUCCUAGAACGCUGGGAGUGGAACCCUCGGCAGAACAUGACGUUCGCGGGCGAUCUCACCACGGACGGCUACAUAUCUACUCAGCAGCUGGCGCAGGCCUGGCGCUCCAAGUUCCCGGGUCUGUUGACUGACAAUAAAUACGAUUAUUUGUUCAAAUAUGUGAAUGACCAACGCUCCAGCACCACAUUCCGUGCGUUCACAGAAGGACUCUUCAGAGACCAAGCUGAAGGCAUGGAUGUACCAAAAGAGAGCGAUGAGAAGUUAUUAAGGCCUUACAAGUUCUGCCCAGCUUGGACGAGAGAUGUGGAAGAAAACAACGAAACACUGACGCAGCUUAGAACGUUUUCGUCGAAACAGGAAUACAAAGAGAUGAUAACAAAUAUUUCCCUUCGCCUUGGCUUCAAUUACGACAUCAAUUAUGAGACAGUUCUGAGCAUGUACGAGAUGUGCCGAUACAACAAGGCUUGGGAUAACAUUCAGAUAUCGCCGUGGUGUGCAGUUUUCACAAAGGAAGACUUGAUGCGCCUAGAAUACGCAGAGGAUUUAGAAACGUACUAUAAAUACGGCUACGGAACACCGAUGAACCAAAAGCUUGGUUGCACAGCGGUCAAGGAUAUGAUGGAUUUCUUUAAAAUCCACUUGGAUCAUGAAACGCCACAGCAGCCAAAAGCCACGAUCCACUUCACGGAAGCGGAGAUGAUACUCUUCACACUGACAGCUCUAGGCGGCUACAGAGACUCGGCGCCCAUCACCGGAGACAACUUCCACACGCAGACCGCCAGAGACCGCAAAUGGGGUACUUCCAUCAUGGCGCCUUUCAAUGCUAAUAUCGCCGCUGUGCUGUACAAAUGCAUCCCGAACAAUAAUUUGAAAAUCAGAGAACCAUAUCAAGUGCUAUUCUUAACGAACGAGCGCCCUCUAUACAUAGACGGUUGUAACGUCGGUCUGUGCGACUGGAGUUUAGUCAAAACACGCCUCGGCUUGGUCGCCGAUAAUUGCGAAUUAAACUUUUGCAAUGGCGCUGGAAAAGUAAACGGCUUCGUUGGAGUUCUCGUAGCAAUUAUCGCUUUUUGUUUCCGGCUGUUAUAUUAAGUAUUUAUGUAACUAAAUCAUGUUCAAGAUAAUAUCUAAGAUUUAAAGUUUUUCUUUAUAUAAAAAGAUUAUGCAACUAAUCAACUUAGUUUUAUCUAUACUGAACGUCAAAGAGCUACGUUUGUCUUAAAAUAGAGGCCCCACUUUAAUUACGGCACUGUGCGAAAAGCUUUGACAAGUAGUACAAAAAGAUAAUUGUGAAGUGAACUAAUUAAUUAUAAUAUGUAUUUAUUUGAAUACAACACAACAUAUUAUACCAAAUGUAGUUAAUUAGUUAUAUGAGCAGAUUUUGAUUGUUGUAAAGGAGUGCUUCAAUACUAAUUUAAAUACCAACCUAUUUUAUUAUUUUUAUAUAUUUUAAUCUAUGUUGUACUUAAUAGGUUUAAUUGUAUUUUUUACUAUAUGACGUAUGUACCUAUCUGUAUUUAUUAUUAUAUUUUGAUCUUCACUAUCAAGUUUUCAUUUCCUAGUGCAGAUCGAGUAAGUUUGUAAAUAUUUUUUUUUUCACUAGAAUAUAAUGAGAGAACCGCCGAUCGCUUGAAAAGAUUAUUUCACUAUACAUAGACAUUAAGUGUUAUUAAUCCAGAUUAAAAUAGAUAUAUUUUUUCAGUAGAAUGUUACAGAUUCGACAAAUAUUAUUGUUUUUAAUGUACCUAGUAACUGUUAUUUAAAUAACAACAAACCAUUGCUGUAGAAAAGUAUGUACCUACUAUAUAUAAUCUUUUCUGGGCUAUUAAUGUGCACGCGUAUCGAUAAAUCGUAAAUGAAAAAGGUUUUAAAAUAGCCUCAAUUACUUUAAGCACAAAUACUAAGGAGCAAGGACCACUUAUUUGACAUUUUGUCUUUACACCUAGGAUAUCCAAUUUCGAAAAUGGGAGUGAAAUGUUUUCAAAUCGCACUUCUCGAUAACAGAAUAUAUACAACGUUAUUUUGGCGAACGGAACUAAUCAAAAUUUGCAGUCGGUGUUAUCAUACUCAAAUAAGGAUUAUUGAAAUAAAAAAUGUAUGUACCUGCUAAGGCACAUAAAAAAUAUGCAAUAAUAUCUUUGUUUGAAAUUUCGUUUUUUAUGUUUGUUUUUAUUUUUAAUUGUUGCUAUUCGCCAAAAUUAACUUGUGCUACUAUCAUAAUGAAUGAAAGUUUUUUUAUAUCAAAUAAU